UCCUCGAUGUUUGAGGGUACGGAGCGACGUCGCUGUCUGGAGCUAGUCACCUGAAAAUCGUCUGCAAGUCAUUUGGGAAUUUUGACACAGGAGCGGUACAGGGGGUGUUGCAAAAAUGUCUGGUGACGAAUUUGAGUACUAUGGAGGCAUCGAAGGGGGUGCAACACAUUCAAAAAUGGUUCUUAUUCGAUCGGAUGGAAAGGUGGCUGGUUGGAGUGAAGGUCCCUGUACAAAUCAGUGGCUCAUUGGUCUAGAAGAGUGCCUGAAGAGAAUCAACACGAUGACAGUUGAAGUGAAGGAGAAGGCAGGAGUAGAAGCUUCCAAACCACUCAAGGCUCUGGGAAUGUCCUUGAGUGGAGGAGAUGAGUCCGAGAGUCAGCGGCAACUAAAGGAAGGGAUAAAGACAAACUAUGUUGAUCUGACAAGCCACACAUACGUUGCCAGUGACACCUUUGGAGCCCUUGCUACUGCAUUGUCUAAUGGUGGGAUUGUUCUCAUUGCUGGGACUGGCUCCAACUGUCAGCUGAUCAACCCAGACAACUCAGCCUAUCGGUGUGGAGGAUGGGGACAUCUCAUUGGGGAUGAGUCAUCAGCUUACUGGAUUUCACACAAAGCUUUGAAGAUGUAUUUUGAUAAGGAAGAUAAUUUGGUGGAAUGUCCUUAUGAUACGACAGCAGUGAAAGACAUCAUGUGUUCUUAUUUUGAAAUAAAGGACAGACCAGAACUACUAAACUUUUUAUAUGCUAAGUUUGAGAAAGCCAAGAUUGCUGGAAUGUGUAAAGAAUUAGCAAAAUGUGCUGUGGAUACAAAGGAUCCUCUGUGCCUGCAUAUAUUCGAAGAGGCUGGGAAACUCCUGGCUCGACACAUCCUUGCCCUUGGACCUAAGAUGGACAAGAAAAUACUGGAGGGGGACGGAGGACUCCAUGUCGUGUGUGUCGGGUCGGUGUGGAAGAGUUGGUCGCUGCUGGAACCAGGUUUUGUUGCGGUGAUGUCAGAGGGUGGACCCAAGCUGGGCAUCCCAGAGGUGACGUUGAUGGAGCUGCUGGUGUCAGGGGCAGUGGGCGCAGCAUCCCUAGGUGCCAGAGACGUCAACUUUGAUCUGCCUAUGGACUACAAAGCUAACGCCAAAAUCUUCUUCAACAAGAAACUGGAAUGAUGGCUUAUAUAUUUUGGGAAUAAAACAGUGCUUCUCUUGCUUUGGAGACUGGAUAGCGAUUGAAGAAUGUAUGCUAAGAGAAUAAAAGUAUUUCAUGCAGUGUGCUACAGAAGUAGCUUUUUAGGCACAGUAAGGCACCAAUUGAUAUUGAAGAAAUCAUUUUUAGCCUGAUAGUGAUGAUUCUUAAAGUUCACUAACUUUAUAUGAUGUGGGAUAUUUGUACUGGGGCCAUAGUAGGAGCCUUGGAGGUGAUCUAUUUGUACUGGGACCAUUUUAGGAGGUGAUCUAUUUGUACUGGGACCAUUUUAGGAGGUGAUCUAUUUGUACUAGGACCAUUUUAGGAGGUGAUCUACUUGUACUGGGACCAUUUUAGGAGGUGAUCUAUUUGUACUGGGACCAUAUUAAGAGGUGAUCUAUUUGUACUGGGACCAUAUUAAGAGGUGAUCUAUUUGUACAGGGACCACAGUAGGAGGUGAGCUGUUUCUACUUGGACCAUUUUAGGAAGUGAUCUAUUUGUUUGGUGGAUAUAUGGGUUUCUGGUAUGGAUAAUAUGUUUGAGAUAUGAUUUGGGGCAAAGUGCCUGAAGGUUGUACCUUUUAGGCAACCAUAAGAAAAUUGGGAAACAGAAUCACAUACCAUUUUCUACUGGCAAAUUUUCCACCAACUUUUGAAUGACCAACUGCCAUUGUAGUGUGCCCCAGUCUCUUGCUACUUGGUGGUGAUCCUUACAUAAAAAUAUCAGUGAAGAAAGCAUCAGUGAUCAAACCGUACACUGAUCAUAUUUUCAUACACAUAUUUAUUGGUGUUUAUUGUUAUGGUGGAGGAUUAUGUAGCCUGGUAAUCAAGUAGUAGCAUCAG